GCACUGCUGCUGUCUGCGGUCACGUCAGACAAGCUACAACCACAACCAAGAGAAAGAGCUGAGAGAGGAGCACCAAACGAAGAGACCGCGAGAGGGAGUGGGACAAGCCUAACAGCUUCGAUAAGAAUAGGCCAGGGACGAGGCCAUCGACGACGGAGAACGAGGUUAGACAGAGAGGGAAGUGUAAGCUCGCCCGAAGACGGAAAGAGAGACAGUGUCGUCGUCGUUUCUCCCUUGCUCUUUGUCGAGCACUUGCUUCGUUGACGGCUGGAACAAAAAGUGCGGCUACGCUCGUGCGUGCCUUAAGGCUUCCAACCGAGAUGUCGGAAAAGAGCUCGGAUGGCGCUGGUGACGAGCGACAAGCCACGGCGGCGGGCGCUGCUGCUGCUGCUGCUGCUGCGGGAACCCCAGCAGCAGGCAUCGUAAGUCAGCAGCAGCUGCGUCCACUGCCUCGACACUCGCUCUACAACACGAAGCCGUCCUCCUCACCUACGGCCGCCAGAACCGGCGGCAGCGAGAGCGAGAGCGACAUCCACGAGAAAACGCAACGGGAUCAGCAGCAGCAGCAGCAGCAGCACCAGGAUCAGGAUCAGGAUCAGUAUCAGUCAGGGUCCGACGAAGUAAGCACCGGCGGUGUGCCCCCCGCUGCCGCGGAUCAAUCGGAAGCAGCAGCAUCAGGAGCAACGGAGGAGGAAGAGGAGCAGAUAGUGAUCCACCUACAGCUCAUACCCUGCUCGGCGUGCGCGGCGAGCGCUAGCCUCGCCCACUGCCUUACCGCCAGGGACAGGAACGGGGACCACCACACGCCCAGGCUCAGGGUCGUGAAGGGCAAGGCGCUUCGGAAGCGGUCGAAGGCCCUCCUGCUUCCAGGGGAGAGGGAGCCUCCGUUGGGUGCGGAGGACGGCUCGAUGGAAGACCUCCCGCUGACGCCCGAGAAUAUGUCGCUGCUGUUCCGUGUCCCGUGUGAGCUGUGCACGACCCUGGCAAUGUGCGCAAACAGACACCACUCCGAAAACGUACGAACGCUCGCAGACAUGGUGAAAGUGCCUCCGGGUACCGGGGGUGUCGAGAACACGGGUAGCCACCAUGGUGCUGGUGCCCAUGGUUCUAUUGGGAGCGUGAAAGAAGAGGAGCUCGGCGGAGAGGGAGGAGAGAGAGAUGGAGGCGCGGUGGGGGUAGCAGCAGAAGCGGCAGCAGCAGCAGUGGCAGCAGCAGCAGCAGCAGCGGCGGCAGGGGCGCCGCGCACGCUCCAGCGCCGGACCCGGGCGCGACGCAGGGUGUUGGAGGUGGAAGGCAAACGGGUGAUGAUGCCCAACAUGAUCUCCAUCUGCGAUGGAGUGGUGCUCUCCCUCUACCUGGCUCCGAUCUCGAUCUUCAGCGAGCGCCGUGAGGACGUGCCUGGGGACUUGGAGAUCAACGAGAGCAUGGGGAACAUGUCGAGGGGCGGCUAUCACUUCGCUAGGAUGCCUUCUGUUACCAUCGCCAACGUGCUCAAGCUCAGGGCUCUGCGGGACGUGAUAUCGUGGAAGCACAACGGAACAAAGACCAUCCACAGGAUAGUGGCCGCCAAGGUGCUUAGCGUCUGGGAGAGGCAUCACCCUGGUGAGGCGAGGCAGCUGGACAAGCUCCUGCGAGACGGCGACGUCGACAAAGACCUGAUCUUCCAGGUGGGGAACGCGGGCCCUACGGCGGUGUACAAGGCUUCCGAGUUGCGGUUGGUCUACGCCCGCCGGGCCUCGGAAGCCCCGCUCCUCAUCGCCGGCUUCAAGAAAGAGCAGCUCGAAGCCUCGACGGCCGAGGGCGGGGAGCAGUUCUACGCGGACGACCUCGACGAGGCAGGCGAAGAAGAAGUUUCGGACGCAGAAGAGGGGGAGGAAGAAGCUGCCGCUGACGCGGUGGCCGCGGGGAUGGGCAGGGGAAAGCGCGCUCUUAGCAGCAGCAGCGACGCAGCAGCGGGAAGGGGAGAUUGUUCCGUCCCUACCGGGAAACGAGCGUACAAGCGGAAAAGUGUUGACGGCGGUUCCCCCCUCUCGCCCCCGCCGCCGACGCCCGCUCGCUCGUCUUCUGCUUCGCCGAGACCGAGGAAGCGUCGGCGGAGCAGGGUCAAGGAGGUCGUGGCCAGCGACGGCAAGUGUUACACCCUGCCGCUGUGCGUCCGCGAGAAGGGCAAGAAGCUCAACCUCUACGUCUCGCUGCGGGCCCACAGGGUGGACGGGGACUCGCUCUUCACGGACCCCUCGGCGGAGAACGCGCCGUUGCAGAGGCCGUACGGCCGGGCGGACAUAACCCGCGAGAACUUGCUCGCACUGAGAGCGGUUCGGGACCUGGUGUAUCGCAGCCCCACAGUACACCCGAUCAUCGCGGCGGACGCCUUCGAGAUCUGGGAGAACGUGCACGCCGCCGAGACCCCGCGCCCGGACGACGACACCGUGGUCAUCUCUGGCGCGAGGACGGCCGACAGCAACUUCGUCCCGCAGGAAAAGUUUACGGUCGGAGAGCUCCGGAGGCUCCGGGGCGUGGAGAGGCGCAAGGCGGUCGACGACCUGCUUGAUGGCAUGCUUCGGUCGCCGUCUGUCAUGGCCGGCGAGCUCGAGGAGGCCACCCCAACACCCGCCGCCGCCGCCGCCGCCGCGGCGGUAGAAGAAAAUGCCAAGAUGUCGGCAGCGGGGACAACAAUCAAGAACCGAGCGGGGGGCGAGCAGCCGGUGGCGAUACCACCACCGACGACAGCAGCAAGGAAAGCCACUCCUCUNGGAGGAGGAGGCCGGGGAAGAGGCGGGGGGUCGUCGUCGUCGUCGUCGUCGUCCGCUUCAAAGAAGAUGAAGAUUUCGCGGCAGAAACUAAGUGCUGGUGCCGGUGGUGGCGGUGGUGCUGCGGCGGCGGCCGUGCCCGCCCACGAGAUGCCCGUUACGGCGGUCUCAUCCUGCUCGUACUCGUCAUCGUCGUCUGUGUCUUCCUCGCCGGGGGUCGGUAGCGGUAGGGCAGCGACGCGGGCGUCGAAGAGGAAGAAGGCGUCGAAGCUGGAGGAUGAAGACGAGGAGAAAGACGAAGAGGAGGAGGAGGAGGAGGAGGAGGAGGAGGAGGAAGCUGGUGGCACCUCCGGCGCCACGGGCAGGCCGGCGGUAGGAGGCGGGGCGGCGGCGGCGGUAGUGGGGAGGGGCUCGAAGCGACUGUCUCCCGGCCGAGUGGAGGAAGAAGGCUGGGGAGCCGCUACCGACGCCGGUGCGGCCGACCCGUACCCGUUCUACCGCCAGGGGAAGAAGCCCGCGGAUGUGAAGGGCAGACGGAAGGGUGACUGGCGGAUGGACGGCGGCGGCAAGGAAGACGACGACAGCGACGACGACAGCGAACCAGAGGAGGAGGAGGAGGCGGUCGCGACCGCCGGGGGAGAGCAGCAGCGGCGGCAGGGACGGGGUGGUGGCGGCGGCGGCGGCGGCGGCGGGGGGGGCGGCUCGCCGGACAGCCUCGCCGGCGUGCGGAGGGACAGCUGGCUGCAGGCGGUCCACGAGAACGACAGGCAUCUCAAGCUGGAGCUGGAGCGGUUGCGAAAGGAGAAGACCAGGGUCAAGGAGGCUCACCUCGCCCGGAACGUAGAGCUCAUGAAGUGGAUGGUGCAGGAGCAGUCCGGUAUGCACGGCGGGAGCGCCGGCCCCCCGCCUCGGCGGUGAUUAGCUAGUUUUCGGAUGACUGGAUGAUGUUGUUGACGUCGCCUUCGCCCCCCGUCAACAGCAGCGCACUCAGAUGGACGGAAAAAGGAAAGCGACAACGCCAUAAUUUUUUCCUUCGUUCUUUGUUGGAGCAACCGAGAGGGCGCCCUGCUUAAUGUGUCCCAUCCGUACAUUUACAACUAGUAUUGUUGAUAGGGAAGACGCCCUUCGAUUUGUUAAUGGUGCCUUGGUUUAGGCAGCGGAGCCGUGACUCUCGGUCGUCGCUUGCGGUUGGCAAUCGUCGAGGGCGUUCUUUGAGUAGUCCAUCGAGAGGGUUGGGGGUUACUUGGUGGCAAAAGUUUUUCCGGCGUGUUGAUGAUGCUGAGCAGACCCGCCUUGCUCGUGGCGGUGCGGGGAGAGAGUGAGGGAGACAAGAGGGGUUUUGUGGACAAGGAGAGAGGGAUUGUAAAAAUCAAGAACUUUUUUAAGAGAGCUGUGUUUUUCAACAAGGGGACCGCGCUGAAUCGUCCCACGGUUGCUCGGAUAGCCCCGCUAGAAAUGAGAACCGUUUGUCGUUUGUCUUCGACAGGCACGGUAAGACAACACUUUGUAACGGUGCACGAAAAGAAUGGGCGCCCGCCAGCACCUGCUACCCAGGUUAUAUCUUGGCACUCGAGGGGGGCGGGCGGGGUGCCUGACUAGAACUUGGCCAGAGGGUCAAUGAAUUGUCGAGUAGUUUGGUUUGCAGAGCGAAACGUCGGUGACUUCUUCCCCGUCGUUGUUGAGGAGAAUUGAGCUUCCAAUCCCAUUGUUAGGGGGGGGGCGGGGGCAAUCAGGCUUGAUGCGUUUGCGGAGGCGUCCUCCUGUGCCGUGGAUUUUACGUGUGAUGAACCCAUGCAUGUUUGUCUAGACGUUUUUUGUGUACAAGAAAGACUGACCGUGGCCGUACGCAACAUUUUCUUGGUGUGUGUUAGUUAAGCUGUGAGUGAUGGCCUCGGAAACUUGGGGUCUCAGCUCAGUACCAGGCAGAUGUCGCGGCAGGGAACAAGUAGAUCUGGAUCGUGGAACGUGUGUCCCCACGCCGCGACGCUCUAUGGCGAUUCCAACCGCUCGUUCAUGCUAGAGGAGAGCUAUACAUAGUGGCCGGUCCGGUCAAGCGUUUCUUCGCUUCUUUUUUUUUUUUGUCGCUCAAAGAACACGACGAGAAGCGCGCUUGUUUUAGCGUCUCGACAGAGCAGAGCGGUGGGUGCGUGGUCAUGAUGCUAGUGCGUCGACGGAAGAGGGGGAGUCUUCGGGCUGUUGGGUAUGCAUGGUACUCGUUCUUGGUCGGAUUCGUUGCCAAAACGAAUCUUGUUAGUAGUGGAUUGGGUUGGGUCAGUAGCGUUCUCGAAGGUAAACGGUUCACCCACUUCCUUGUUAUCGUUCUCGUCAGUACACCAUCCAGCUCUUGCCUUUCGUGUUGCGCUGGAUUUUUUUUUUUUUUUAACCGAUGUCAGCUGUUUUGCUGUGCGUCCAUGUAGGUUUCAUUUGUCGACUCUUUUCGAGUUGGUCUGCGGCCAGCUGCCGAGCCUCUUCAUGGCACGGCAGCGGGGGGGCCUCAGUAAAACGUCCGUUGAGCAGCGCCGAUGGGCCUGUGUAAUAGCGCCGGUGAAAUUGCUCGGCACCAACUGAACCACCGACAAGUUAUUCUGUACUCUGCAUUGCGCCGCUCCCUCUGAACGGCACCGGUCGAUUCGCCGGGGCACCUGCAUUGCAACUCCCUACUGUCUGUAGGGAUCAUCGUUGCACGGGUCGAUUUCGAAAUCUACGCGAGUUCCAGUUGCAUGCGUUCUGGUACAUAUAAGAUGUUACGGUGAUUUUGCUUCAGCCACGAUCGGACUCAAUCAUUUCAUUUCCGGACGUUGUGGGAUAGUAAUCACAUCUGCUUUUGCCGUGUAUUGUCGUCGUGCAACGUAUGCGGCUGGGCUGUAUCGAGAUAGACGGG